AUGUGCACCAACCGCCUCCUGCUCAUCGGCAUGUUUGGCUGCUUCCUGGCCCAGUUCCUCAAGAUCUUCACCAAGUGGCGGAAGACGGGCACCUUCUCCCUGAUGGCCAUCCUUGACUCUGGCGGCAUGCCCUCCUCCCACUCCUCCCUCUGCUCGUCCCUGUCCACGGCCGUGGCUCUCCAGCACGGCCUGGCCUCCCCCCUCUUUGCCAUCUGCUUCUGCUUCGGCUCCAUCGUCAUGUACGACGCCAUGGGCGUGCGGCGACACGCCGGGCUGCAGGCCGAGGUGCUCAACGCGGUGGUGGCCGACCUGCUGGCCCACCACCCCGUCUCGGAGCGGCGCAAGCUGAAGGAGGUGCUGGGGCACACCCCCGCUCAGGUCGUGGCGGGGGCGGCGCUGGGCCUGGGCAUCGGGCUGGUCCUGGGGAGCUGA